CCGUCAUCUUCGUCAGUCGUUUGUAAACAUCCGAAGAUGUACACCAAAGUAGUCGCAUUGUUCGGUUUGGUGGCCGUGGCUGCGGCCGCGGACCUCAGCGUGGGCAGAGAGGGCGGGCGAUUAAUAUUCGACAAGAAUGUCACCGCCAGCCCUGCUAUAUGGAAACAAGUGCAGAACCUCACCGUGAACGCUACUGACGACGGCCUCAUCAGCCGAGUAGUUGUCAUUGACAACAGGCCUGAGAAGGACGGAGAAGCCAAAGUAGUGGACGGAGGAGUAGGACACAAUGACGUCACCAUCGAGCUGAAGAGCCCCACAGUGUUCAGAGGAUUCGACUUCACCGUGAAAGUGUACGCGAGUGAAGGAGCCGCGCAGUUCCCGCAACACCCAGUGCCUGUUGGAGCUGAUACCAAAGUGCCGGUUACAAAGGAUGUGAUCAAACCCCAGGAACCUAAGAACGAUGGUGACCUCAUGAUUGGAGGCCCAGUGUCGACCCCCAGCACUACCGAAGCACACAAGGAUGGCCAGGCCAAAGUGACGCCAGCUGUUGAGGGCCAGGAACAGCCUAGACCGAGCCGCGACACUCAGGAGCAACAGCCUAAGGAUGUCAAGGGCCAGACCACCAUCCCUACACCCACUGAGCCGGCAGUUGUAGCAGCUGAAGACGAGCAGGACAAGGAACACCACGACCAAACCGUGAUGAAGGACAUGGACCCCAGCCUCAAGCAAGCACUGGACGCUAUCUUCAACAACAACGCCUCACAGAAAUCUGACGACACCCAGAAAGUUGAGGUUCUCCCCAUCAAGCCGGAGAAUGACAAAGACGGACAAGUCCCUCAAGUGCUGAAGGUAGAUGAGGUCACUACUCCUAAAGCUGAUGCUUCAAGCACUACUCUCAAGAACGAGGAGCCUGUCUCCAGCACGGAAUCAGCCAGCAGUGAGGUUCCCACUACUAAGCUGACCACUGAGUCGUCAAAACUCCCUCAAGACGUGCAGGCGACACAACAGUUGGAGCAGAACAUCAAAGGUCACCCCGCGCAUGCGCACCACGCGGUACCCUUACCGUACGUUCAUUAAGCGUUACUUAACAUGUGAUAUUUACCAUUAAGUAUUAUGUUUAAGUAUUUAUAGCUGGAAGUGCUCCAACUUACAGUGUUUGCCAUUUAAGUAAUAAAAUAAAAUAAUUUAUAAAUA